UCCGGUAGUGGUAGUGAUGACACUAAUUGCGCUCAAAUCCAGUCAAUCGACGAAUGCCUUAACGAUAGCCAACGGACGGACGAUAAGGAGGCGGCCGUCGACCAGACGUCUCAAGACGUUCACAUGAAAAGCGCCGAAUCCUUGGAGUGUUUGUCCACCAAAAGUGGUGCCGAAGUGGCGGCGGCGACACAGGUGUCGGACACCACCAGCGCCUGUACCUCCGCUUCCGCGCCGACCGUCACCGCGGACGACAACGAAGACGAGUCGUCGCAGCCGUCGACCUCCGAAGAGAUCGUCAAACUUAAGAUAGUUUUCAACAAAACUACUCACGAUAUAGAGAUCGGACUCAAGAGGACUGGACGCGAGCUGAAGGAGAAGCUCCAGACGCUUAUCAAAGUGGACCCUUCGAUGCAGAAGCUGGUCGUCAAAGCUGCCAAGUUAUCCUUAUGGAAUAAGACGGCCGCUGAGGACGCGAAGGAAGAGCGCACACAAAUCACUACUCGGGAACCACUCUGCAAACAGAAGCAACACAAGAAAGUGAUAGACAAGGGCUUACCGGACGACGCGAUGCCCGCCUGGAGGAACGGCAAGUCGGAUCUGCCGCCGGAGCCACUGCACGGAAUGAUCAACAAAUACAACCAUAAGGUGCGGCUCACGUUUAAGCUGGAGUUGGAUCAGCUGUGGAUCGGGACGCGCGAGCGGACAGAGAAGGUGCCAAUGAAUAACAUCCGGUCGAUCGUCAGUGAGCCCAUCGACGAGCACCCGGAGUAUCACGUGAUGGGCAUCCAAAUGGGACCCACGGAGGCCUCGCGGAUAUGGCUUUAUUGGGUGCCCUCGCAAUACGUCGAUGCCAUCAAAGACACCAUUCUCGGCAAGUAAUACGACAGUGUUUUCACGCAUUUAUUAUUAUUAUUAUUAUUGAAUGUAAAGUUGAUUUAAAUUAAACGAAACAACAAAACUUGUAAAAAAUUUGUAGAAAAAAAUAUUACUAUUUAUAUGAAAAUUGGC